GUGAUUAAUAUUUACAAAUUGGUCUAUACUUAGCGAGGAACGAUGCGCGAGCGCAGGUUUUCUAUCAUUCGCGCCCCGCGUUCGAACGGAGUGGUCGUGCGCGCUUCGGUAAAGUUUAACAUCUACCCUCGUUACCUUUUAAACACGCGAUCGAUGAGUGACAGUUAUCAAUAGUGGUUGAAUUGCACAAAUAAUGUUCGUAAUCUGCAAGUAAACAGUAGUGUUACUCAGUCUGUACUGGAUGUGGCUGUGCUAGAUGGAUCAUUGUGAACAGAAUAGUGAAUACUCGCCGGGUAUCAAUAUGUCGCUGGAGCAAAUGCCGGUUCUCAUAAAAAAGACGCAGAUGAGCGGCGACCGCGCCGGCAGCGGGACGCAGUGCGGUCUGACGUCACUGCUGCCCAUGUCCUGCCGGGGGCGUGCCGCCGCCUUCGCGCGGGACCUUCACUCCCGCCUGCGCAACCUCGGCACCGGACACGACGAAUGCGAGGCCAAUUGGCUCGCGCGCGACGCCGCCACCACGCACAGGCCGGCCAACACUGCACAAAGAGACCUAGACACGUUUUAUGAUUUUGAACUAGAGUGCGAGAGCCCUUCCAGUCCCGUCGACGAAUAUGAUGCGGCCUUCCCGGAGCGAACUCCUGCAGCAGACACGGAGACCCCGUUCUACGAUGUCGAUUCCGAUACUGAGAUCAAAGAGCAAGCCAGGUUAAUGCUGAAGCAGCCAGAUAAAAACAAAAAUGGUUUCAAAUUCUCCACUGCCUUCUACACAGACUACUCACCAGUGAAACUGCAACCUGUCCCGCGAGAAAACGGUCACGCAGAUAAACCACUUUACGCGCCUAUAAGUUUUGAAGGUUGUGCGCGACAAAAUAGCUACGACGAAAUUGAUUGUGCAGUUCGACCUCCAGUUGUUGAAUCUGAAAGACUGAGCUCGCCACUGAACCAUUCGACUGUACCGGAUAGCGAUUCUGAGUUUGAGUCUGCCAAAAGCGAUCCGUCGGAAGCCAACGACGAGGUUACGCUAACAGAGAAGUCAUUGGAAAAAGAUGUCACGGAGGACAUUGAAAACUUGUCAAUUAUAGAUCUUGAUCUCGUCGAAGUGGAAAUUCCACUUGACAAUGUCGAUAUAAAAGUAACAGACUCUACUGAUAUCCUCGAUUCAAGUCUUAUAAUUACCAGUGAAGUUUCCGAAAACUACGAGGUAUCACCUACUCCCGAAAUUGAUCCUAAGUUAUUAAGCACAGAGUGUAAAGAUGAAGAAGAGACAGAAGACGAUCGUCCACAACGAGUUCGCAGGUGCUCAUCGCUUAAAACUGGUAAAACGCCGCCCGGCACGCCGGGACGAAAGAAAAUCGUUCGCUUCGCCGAUGUAUUGGGCCUAGAUUUAGCAGAUGUCAAGACGUUUAUGGAUGAAAUUCCCGUCAUUCCAAAGUCCGCCUACGACGAUCUAACCGGUUGCGAUAUGCUAAGUUCUUCCCCGCCCGCUCGAGCGCCGCCCAGACUCGGCGCUCUCACGUUAGUACCUUUAUUCCAGGUGCCGCGCGACGUCACAGAAAAGCUUGAAAAGAUGCUCGUAUGCCUAGAGAGCGCUCGAGUUUGUGACGGCGCUCACGUAACAAUUUGUGGAUCGGUACGCGUAAGAAAUUUAGAUUUUCAUAAAACUGUUCACAUUCGUUACACGAUGAAUCGUUGGAAAACAUACACCGAUCUCCAGGCGACAUACGUGCAGGGCUCUUGCGACGGAUACUCGGACCGCUUUCAGUUUGUGCUGUACGCACCGUGCAUAUCUUCGGGGCAGAGGUUAGAGUUGGCCGUUCGAUUCCAAUGCAAAGGGCAGCAGUUUUGGGACAAUAACAGCGGGGCUAACUACUGCUUCGACUGCCUCGCGCUGGGGGCGACGGCGCCAAUGCAGACGCCCGCAUCGCUUCACCCUACCAUGGACUGGCACCCAUCAUUUUACUGACGCUCUGAGCAGAGAUAUGCGCGGGAUGUAAGCCUUAGUGUGAGCGGGACUAAGAUGAGUGGACGAGUCCUCUGAGCGAGGAGCAGGUCCGGCGGGUCCGGAACUGCAGCGUGAGCGGGCGAGAGACCGAUUUUGACUACGGCAUACUUUGUGUACAAUGAUCAAUUACUGAAAGAAGCAAUACGUGGCGUCCUAAUUUUAUGAGGCUUGAAAUGUAAAGCGUUUUUGUGAUAUAAUUUAGAGUAGGUGUAGAAUUUAUAGAGUCGAGAGAUCAUCUCGUUCGGAGUGCCAUUCGCAGUAACGACCUAUCUGAUUAUUAAAUUUUCUUUAUGAUUUUGUAGUAUAGCGUAAACGAGAACAAUAAAAUGAUAUAAAUACGAUAUGAUAAUAAUUAAAACGACCGAUGGAAUGGAAUGAGUGAGUUGUUGAAUGUGAAUUGUUUGUACAUAGUUAGAGAGGUAUAUUCUGAAUGAUAUUAAUAUUUUAAUAAUUUUUACAAACUAUUAGCCGUAUUAAAUAAUUAGAUCUAUAUCGAAAAAUCACUUAGACUGUGUUGUUAUUAAUCGUGAAGUAGAUGGUAUGAAUUUUUUUUAUUAUUGUUAUUAAUAAUGUGAAUAUAAUUCAUUGCCUUUGAAAUAUAAAAUUAUCGUUUUUAGAUUGUUAAAACCGUUAAUAAUUCGUAAUUGUCAAUAUUUAUAAGACUACGUACCUAAAUGUAAGAAGUCCUACACAAACUGUUACAAUUUAUAAGAUUUAUGGAAAUGAUUUUACUCAAUUUUAUACGAAUGUUACAAAACAGAUAUAUUUACAUUUCCUACUUUUAUAUUUAUGAAAAUAUAUCAUGACAUAUGUAAUACUUCCUAUAAAUAAUAAUGAUUAUUUUGAGAUUGAAGAUUUUUAUUGAUUGAAGAAGACUAAUAGAAAUUAUGAAAUUAAAUUAUUGUUACUUUUAAGUCGGCAGCAAUAUUUAUUACUUCGCUUUAAUUCUUUUGUAUGUACCUGAAUCCUAAAACGUGGCCAUAUUAAUUUUACAAUAUACCGAUGCGUCAGUUUAUAUCUAUUGAGUUUUAUUGUUAUGACAUUUGAUAUAUGAAACCUACCUAAUUAAAUAUUCGUAAUUAA